UAGGAAUGUUUGAAAAAACACGGGUAAAUUUAACGGGUAAAGACAAUAAUAAUGUGUGUCUGAUGUGUCCACAUAAAGCUCAAUCUAGUCCUUAUUCCUUGUUGAAAAAUAUGAAUCUACGAAUAUGAAACAAUAUUGAUACUAAAAUUGUACCAAGACACAAACUGUCUCUAGUCCAUUCUCAGUGUGUAACUUAAUAUGGUUAAUAUGAAAACAGCCCUCUAGUGUCAAACUCUGCACAGCAUUCUGCACAGUUAAGGUCAAACAUCCAAGUGAAGUAACAAUGAGGGUUUAUGGUAUUAGCAAAUACGCCCUGGAAUUCUCACUUUAUAGUAUCAAAUGAUCCUUAAAUUGAGUUUGUGGUGGCAACUGCAACAUGGCUUUUCUUGAUUGCUAAUAGAUGUCUCUGUCAAACAUUUCUGGACGUCAGGUAGAAAAUGUGUUGUACAUUACUGAAUGUAGGCCUACAACACAUGCCUGUUUGUAAUUUAAUCUCAACUUUCUGAUGAAUCCCACUAAAAUUAAAAUAAAAUCGUAUGUCCUUUUGACCCAUUCAUUCAGUACACUGAUUUAAGUCCAUAGUUGAUCUGUAGAAGGGUUUUAAAACUGCAGAGGCAUAAAAGACAAUUCAUUAAAUUGGCAGUGUGCUCUGAGGAGUCUGACAGACCUAUAUGCAGAUAUUACCAGGUGUAGCAUCUGAAUUAUCUUAACAAGUGACCAUAUUUUUUAUUUUUUUUAUCAACAUGCAUACUUUGGAUCAGUGUGGGCUGGAACGCAUCUGGAAAAUUAUGAACUUUUUUAAAAAUGUACCUUCUUAUCCAAAAGAAAUAUUAAACAGCAUAAACAGCAAUGACUGACAUAGGAAACAGGCCUGUGCCCCAAUAAAGCAAGUCCACAAAAAUGCGAAACACACACACACACACACACACUUUGAUAUAAAACAAAUGGAGACACAAAGCACUAUAUUAUAUAAAUGAGGGGUUCGGCUAUAGCCUACAGACAUGGCACGUUAAUAAUAAAAUCCGCAUCUCUCUUCCACCAAAUUAUCUAAAAAUGUUUAAUUUGACCAAUAAGCACCCUGCUCUUAUUUCAGUGGGGGAAGGUGCCGAUGUUGGACGGGUACAAAAGUCCUUUCCUGAAUUCACUUUUAAACAAAUCGAGCUUGAGCCUCUGACUCUGAACCUCUCAGUUUAGGAGGAGUUUGUGACUCCUGCAGCUCUCCUGCGACCUUUACCACAACGCUUCUCACAACGUGAGCGCUGGAUUGAGCUGUAACACUUAGCCGACUGGGACCCGUGGAGACUUUAGUCGUGCAAAGUUCCAGUCUCUUGGCCAAGUAAACCCUUUCUGGGACAUGAGCCAAACUAUACGACAGUUUUCUUGCAGCAAAAUGUGGCCGGGGGGGGAGAAAAUAAAGACGUGCGACUUUGUGAGCGUUCCCAGCUUGGCGCCAAAAACUGAAGAAAGUCGGGUUCAUUUCACCAAAAACUCAAUAGGACACGGUUCCGGCAGGCUGAAGGAGUCCGACAAAGCAGAUGCAAACAUUUCCGAAUCCGGACACAUUAAUCCGCCAGCCUGUGACAUGGAAAAACACUGCUGUCAAACACCUGCUGCUCCUCAAGAGGAGUUGUUAAACGCUGACUGCCGUGUGGGCGACGGACGCUCUUUUUCUGCCAGCGCCACAAUCUCAGAAACAGCCAGGGAGCUCUGCAAAGCUGUGUCCGUGUCGCUGGGACUGGCCACGGAGUCCAGUGACACGAGCGACAUGGAGCCUGCUCUCCCCCCCUGCGCUGAAAAUGACCAGAUGCGAGAAGAAUACGUGUUCGGAGUCGGAGCCGUGCUUCUGAACUGUCCCGGAGCCGAGUACAGGUGCCCCGAACGAGAUGACCGGCCCCUGCACGGCCAGGAGCAACUGGUGGAAAUGUUAAAAAGUUCAGAGACCGCUGCGCGUCUGCAGCACCUCACCUCCCCUCGGACAUCUGUGGGUGAGCAAAACUUCGCACUGUGUAAGGCUGAUGACAUAACUUCAGAAGAGAUAGAUCAUCUGGACACAGCGCGUGCAGCCUCUUGCCCUUAUGCCCAAUCCGCGCCAGGCAACUUCGCACACUUCGGCCAGACGGCCACAGAGAGGCCGUGCCAGGUCUACAAACCCCCUGAUGAAGCGAGAGACCUCGGGGUGGACAUGGAGAACAAGUUCGGCGGUUAUCAGCCAGAACAAUACAGCGUCAAAAUCAAAUCUGAGGACAGUGAAUCUGCCGGGGCGUUGUGGGGCAGUAAUUACACCUUUACUGACAAGUACAACUCUCAGUGUUGGGGUUCGAGGCAGUGCAUGAACGCGCACGGCACAGGGGCCACCACCGCGUUCAUAUGUAAUCCAUAUGAAAGUAGCGCCAUGCGCCCUGAACAGUGGUGCCCUGGCGGGAUGCUGAGGCCGCCCUAUGCCAACUCCAGCUACGUGAAGACUGAAGUCGGCGAAUGGCUGGAUGUCGCCUACAAUGACACCAGGUUUGAGGCUGGCAGAGAGCACAUGUUCCCCAUGGAGUUCUUCUUUCCACCACAGAGGAUGUGCCUGAUCUGUUCAGACGAGGCAUCUGGCUGCCAUUACGGUGCGCUCACCUGUGGCAGCUGCAAGGUUUUCUUCAAAAGAGCAGCAGAAGGCAAACAGAAAUACCUGUGCGCAAGCAAAAAUGACUGCACUAUUGAUAAGCUAAGAAGAAAGAAUUGUCCGUCUUGUCGACUGAAGAAGUGUUUUGAAGCUGGAAUGACUCUCGGAGCACGUAAAUUGAAGAAGAUUGGACAACAGAAAAACCCUGAAGAGGACCAUCCUGUUCAGGACCCUUUAGAGGUUAUCCAGUAUAAUAUCUCUCCUAAAUCAGGCCUGAACUUCAACUCCCAACUGGUCUUCCUCAACAUCCUGGAGUCCAUUGAGCCUGAGGUGGUGAAUGCAGGACACGACUACGGACAACCAGACUCAGCUGCCACCCUGCUCACCAGCCUCAAUGAGUUGGGAGAGAGACAACUGGUCAAAGUGGUCAAAUGGGCAAAAGGAUUGCCAGGUUUUAGAAAUCUCCAUGUGGACGACCAAAUGACUGUCAUUCAACAUUCAUGGAUGGGGGUGAUGGUGUUUGCGCUGGGAUGGAGGUCCUAUAAGAACGUCAACGGCAGGAUGCUUUACUUCGCCCCGGAUCUUGUGUUCAAUGAACAUCGGAUGCACAUUUCCAGCAUGUAUGAGCACUGCAUACGGAUGAGACAUCUUUCACAGGAGUUCUUGCUGCUACAGCUCUCUCAGGAAGAGUUCCUCUGCAUGAAGGCCUUGCUUCUCUUCAGCAUUAUUCCAGUUGAGGGUCUGAAGAGCCAGAAGUACUUUGAUGAAUUGCGUCUCACCUACAUCAACGAACUCGAUCGACUCAUUAACUAUCAAAUGACCACUAAUUGUUCUCAGAGGUUCUACCAACUCACCCGACUCCUGGACUCUCUCCAGAUGACGGUCAAGAAGCUCCAUCAGUUUACAUUUGACCUUUUUGUCCAGGCUCAGUCACUCCCCACGAAAGUCAGCUUUCCAGAGAUGAUUGGAGAAAUAAUCUCAGUACAUGUACCAAAGAUCUUGGCAGGUUUGGCUAAACCAAUCUUGUUUCACCAGUAGAAGGAUUUUUUUAAAUCAAAAAGUGACUCAUCUUUGCUGCCUCCAUAAACUUUAACGAAGGUACUGUUUCCCUACAUCUUCAGUCUAAUAGCUCUUAGCCCUGUCCUGUAAACAUUAUUAUAUUGCUCAAGUUUUUUUUUUCCUUUUAGCCAUAAUUGAGAUAGUUUGUUCAGAACUUUUAAAGCUUUUAUCUGAAGCGCUGCAAGGCAUCACCUGUUGACAGCUCUGCUAUUUCUGCGUGGAGAGUUUGUGUUUUCAGCUGGAGCAGAGGUGCUACUUUACAUGCACAGCAAGUCUGUAAAUCCUGAUUACAGCAACAUAAAAGUAGCAGGGUUAAAAAAUUACAAGUUUCGCAUGUGACCUCCAUUAUACAUACACUUGACAAGGUAUUCAUAAAUACUUAAAAACAAGAGAUGGCCCAAAGAGCAGAUGAGUAAAUAGUUGUUUCCCAUCAACUUACCUACCUUCAGGUGCACCUACUAAGUUCCUGCAUGUGAAAUUGAGAGUGGUAAAUUAGACUUGGUUGGCAUUUAAGUGCUUAAGUGCCUUAAAAUCAGAAAUGUAGAUCAGAUUUGUUUUAAAAAGUCACAUCAUUUAACUUUAUCAUGUUUUUUUUUUUACUCUCUAACAAAUGGGCAAAAUCCUGAAAUCCUGCCGUGACAUUAAAGGAUGUCGUAGAAAAGGUUUCAGUCGUAGUCAUCUGGAUUCAUUCUCAAUUGAGAAUGACUUCCGGAUGGGAGCCGAAACGUCUUGAUUCUGAAUACAGUGUCCAGAUGACUACGACUGAAACCUUUUCUACGAUAGAACACUCCUGGACGAAUGAGGGACUACACCGUAUUUAAGGAUGUCAUUAUUCUGCGUAAAAAUGCCAGCCAUUACCAUGACAAUCAGUGUAGAUAUGGUAGUCAAGUAUUCCAACUGUAAAACACAAACUUGAUGUGUCCAGUGAACCUCAAAUAUUACAUUUGCUGAAAAAAGUAUUUGCCUGCUGUGUGAAUGCACAGUAGUUUUAGUGCUGCUAAGUGUGUGGACAUAUGAUGUCUACAUUAGAAACUAAAUAGUGAAAUUACAAAUCAAGUACUACUGCCACUUACGAGCUUACAUGCUUCUCAACAACUAUGGCAAAAAUGGUCACAGUCAUGAAAGAAACAACCUGAGUGUUAAACUACUACAGAUUUGUUAACAGAACGAAAGAUGGCUUUGAGGUAUUUUAUCAUUUGCAAUUGUCUUCACACAGUACACUGCCCUUGUUCAACUGAGCCAAUGCAGUACAAUGCAGACAUCUCCAGAACACACGUCAUGCUCAUUGUUGCUCUGCACUUAAAACCUUUUUCUUAUCAUGUUGGCAGCAAAUGUGUAGAGCUUUUUUCUUGAUGUUACAAAUUUUUCUUUACUUCAACUUAUAAAUAUGUAGUGGGUAAACUUGUUAAAGCAGAUACUUAGCAUGAGUGAAGCUGGUGAAAAUUGGACAGUUUGUUAAGACGUUUUUAUUUAUUUAUUUCAUUUUAUUUCUCCACUGCACAGCUUCAAAAUGAUUGAUCAUUAAAUAUUAAGAUGAUUUUACAAUCCAACAAUUUAUUAAUAGUAAAUUAUAUACUUACCAAAUAUAUCUUGCACCAAAUCUUGGUGAAUGGUCCAUGGAAAUUUUAAUUAAAAAUGUAACUUUGAAGAAAUUGCCACAGAAAUAUCAAGCAAAGGCACGUGACAAAUUACAAGCUUGACGCAAAAGAUUAAUUGAUAAAACUAUAACUAAGUCAUCAGCUAUAAUGUACAGCGCUAAGUGCAGAGUCCACAGCUCUUCCCCCCUCUCUACCACCGUCCCUGCUAGACAACAUGGUGACAGCGUCAUCCUGUUAGCGGCGGGUUGCAGCAGCAGGGACUGGGAGACAUGUGGAGACACAAGGAAGAAAGCAUGGCACCAAAUACAGGCAAAUACUGAAUGAGAACUUGACUCAGAGUGCCAGAGAUCUUAGGUUAGGGCAGUAAUGUUCCAACAGGACAACAAAUAGAAAAUUACAG